GAAGAAGAACUCCAUUCAAAGCGCCUAGAUAUGAAGGUGGCAAGGCGACGCUCUAGCACCCUCACUUCGGCCGGACACCACCCCACCGUCGCUUCCGACGCCCACGCUCCUGCCAGGUUCCGUGUUGCGGGAACUGUCGCCAAUACCCCCGAGUUCGCUCAGGCAUUCCAGUGCAAGGCUGGUACUCCCCUGAACCCCGCCAACAGGUGCAAGAUCUGGUAGAUCCGGAAUCCAUCGGACUUUGUGUCAACCCCUUACUUUAUACCAUUGACGAUAGACGAUAUACCUCUGAUACGCAUAGAUCACAUUUAUAAGAUCUGUAGACAGAUUGAAUUGGCUCUUAGAAUUAAUACAUGUGUCGUCGUCAGGUCCCAU